GUGGAAAUGGCUCACCAUGGUUUCCGUUGCCACAAACAAACUCAUUUUCAUGGUACUGAAACUAAGUGCAAGAAGGAUAUUUUUCUCGAAGUCGCUACGAUUAGGUUACAGUUUCAAAGUUGUUGAAUUAUAAUUUAUUGAAAAUGACGGUCACUAACCUCUUUAUAAUCCUUAAUUUGGGCUGCGAAAUGUUAUACGUGAUUGACCAGCGUUUGAAGGCACAGACAAUACCACUAGAUAAAUCGGCUCAAGUCCUUCGUGAAAUCACCGAAGUAUUACUGGAUCCUAAAUUCCUUCAUUACAUAUCAACGGCUUAUCAGCAUAACAUGUUAAGUGUACAACAAACUCGAAUAUUACUAACUGACAUUGCCUGCUGUUCACUGAUGCGCCUUGACGUCAGUUCGAUGGAUAAACUUUGGGACUUGAUGAUAAUGAUUUUCAAAUGGCAAAUGUUUCUUACGAACAAAAGCUCGCAGGCACUUAUGGAUCUGACAUUUCGCCAUCUGGAUGGAAUUGGUCGGCUAAUCCCUGAAAUGAGAAAGCAAAUUCUCAUCGACAACGUUAAAAAAUCAAUCAUCGAAAUGUGGGAAACGCUGUGUGAGGAUGAUCAAACGAUAGUUCAUCGAAAAGUGUACAAAUGGCUCAAGCCAUAUUCAACUAAAAUUUCUAUUUUAAUUCGCAUGGGACUACAAAAAUCAAAUGGUGAAUUUGAAACUGCGUUGGAAAAUAAUGUUUUUUAUAACUAUUACAUUAAUUACAUUGGAGAAAACAUAUAUGCUAAAACUGCAAACCUUCAGGCUUUGAAAGAUCUAAUGCAUAGUAAAGAAAAGGAAAAAGCAAAAUCUGAUGAACUCGCGACAGGGAGUCACGAGAUUGAUACUCUUGUUCAACAACUGAAUAUACAGAGCAGUUCGAAUGAUAUGAAUUCUGCAGAAGCCUAUGGAGCUAGCGCUUCGAAAUCAAGUUCCAUUCACGGAGGAUUACAUGAGAUUGUAAUUGAUCAGGAGGUUGAACAGGCUCCUAAUCUUGAAAAAAAGGAACCCCCCGCUGUAGAAAGUAAUUUAGUUAAAUUUAUGAAGAAAAUAAAAAUGGAGAGUAAUGAACUUGUAGCUAUGCAAGACGAAGAAUCGAAUCCUAAUGAAGAAUUAUUGAAAAUGUUUGAUCAGAACCUAGACCUGAAAAUGUAAUACACUGGAGACGCCUUUUUGCGCGAGAGAUAUGUGCCGCGUGAAAUAUACUCAUAAAUUAUGAGAUACUCGUUAAAAAGACGCGAUAUAAUAAGGUUCUAAAUAAUAAUAGAUUGGAUUUUCUUGUGACUUUAUUAAACAAUUCAGAAUGAAUCUAAAAAAACUAAUUGUGUAGUCGAAAAUACAAAGUACUGAGAGCGUGAUAUUCAAGCAAAUUUAUAGCCAAGUAUAAGUUAUUUAGAGCUAAGUUCGGUUCGUUCAUAUUUUAUUUCUAGGUACCAAAUAACACAUAGUUCAAUAAUGAAUGCUCAUUAUUAUCUAAGUAAUUGGGAUAAUUUUUUUAAUGAGAAAUACAGGAAUUAUUAAAGUAGACUAAA